GUGACGACAGGCGGGUUGUAGCGGCGAGUGUGAGUGUUGCUGAACGUGUCUCCACGGCUCUAGGACACGGGCCGCGCUGCGAUAUCAACAUCAACACACACACGCACCUCCCAGAAGAUGACCACUCGGACGCUGGCGAGCAGGGUGGCGAGAAGAGGCUUCCUCUCCUGGACUGACACUCCUUCUCCUCCACCGCUGGGCUGGUCUGGCCGGGCUUGGCUGCCCGUCACCCGCUCUGUAUGCGGUUCCCCGUGUCUCCAGCCCUUGUCCCGGCGCCGGACCGCCGCAGUACCGGCGCUACCACGGGCUCCCUACACCGACAGCGCCGCCGGCACUCGCAGCUACCUCUGGUCUCUGUACAACGAGACCAAGAAAGAUCUGAGUUUCCCAGGGAGAUCCAAUUACCUUAACCCAGACGGGAUCUUUGCCAACAAUGAGGUUUGCCUCUCGGACAUUGAGAUUUAUGGCUUUGACUAUGACUACACUCUAGCUUUUUACUCCAGCAACCUGCACACUUUAAUCUUCAACACUGCUCGAGAAAUCCUCAUUGAGCAACAUAAUUAUCCAGAUGACCUGAGGAGUUAUGAUUACAACCCUAAUUUUGUGAUACGUGGACUUCAUUAUGACGUACAAAAGGGAAUUGCGAUGAAGAUUGAUGCAUUCCACUACAUGCAGUUGGGAACCGUGUACAGAGGGCUAAACCCAGUUCCUGACGAGCAAGUGCUUGAAAUAUAUGAAGGGACCCAUGUUCCUCUGGAGCAUAUGAGCGACUUUUAUGGCAAGAGUUCACAUGGAUUUGCAAUGAAGCAGUUUAUGGACAUAUUCUCCUUACCGGAACUUACACUGUUGUCUUGCGUCAAUGACUACUUCAUCAAGCAGAAUAUUGACUUUGAACCAGUUUAUGUUUACAAGGAUGUUAAGGAAGUAAUUCGAGAUGUUCAUGUGAAAGGAAUACUGUAUCGGGCAGUUGAGCAGGACAUUGAAAAAUAUCUCUCUCAUGAGGAGAAAACAGGCGCUGUUCUGGGAAGAUUGAUCAACAGUGGCAAGAAACUAUUCCUCAUUACAAACAGCCCCUUUAGCUUUGUGGAUAAAGGAAUGCAGUACAUUGUUGGCAAAGACUGGCGUGAUUUAUUUGACAUCAUCAUAGUCCAAGCGGAGAAGCCGGAGUUCUUUAACGACAAACGAAGACCGUUCAGGAGAGUAAAUCAAAAAGAUAAAUUACACUGGGACAAAAUCAACAAAUUGGAGAAAGGGCAAAUCUACAAACAGGGCAACUUGUAUGAAUUUUUGAAACUCACAGGCUGGAUCGGUUCAAAGGUGCUUUAUUUUGGGGAUCAUAUUUACAGUGAUCUGGCUGAUUUGACCUUGAAACAUGGCUGGAGGACAGGAGCUAUUAUCCCUGAGUUGCGAUCCGAGAUUAAGACCAUGAAUACGGAGGAAUACAGCCAGGUGGUUGUGUGGCUACAGGGUCUCACUGGACUACUUGAGCGUGUACAGGUGUAUGAAGAUGCAGAGUCCCGGAUGUUGCUUCAGGAAUGGAUAAGAGAGAGAAACCAGUUGAGGGAGCUGACCAAGACCAUCUUCAACCCCCAGUUUGGGAGCAUUUUCCGGACUCACCACAACCCCACCUACUUCUCGCGGCGGCUUUCGCGCUUUGCCGAUAUCUACAUGGCCUCCUUGAGCUGCAUCCUGAACUACAACUUGCACAACACCUUCUACCCACGGCGGACCCCGCUACAGCACGAAGCCGCCCUGUGGACGGACCAGCCGUGUGGAAGCAACCUCAAGGCCACCCGCGUGGAGGGGAUGGCGCAGAUUGAGUGAGGCGUUGGAAACCGCAUCUGACCGCAGCGAACGUGACAGACUAGUCACAGUUCAGAGCUUUGCUUCCAUCGUUUACUAACUUGUGUUACAUGAACUUCACUGAGCUGAAACUUUGAGCGUGCUGGGAACGUGUUCAGCCAAGCUUUUGUUUCCCCCAUGACAAAGACGGGAUGUUAUCACUGAGUCGCCAUUUAAUUCCUUGCAAGUACAUCUCCAUCUUGAGUUUGUUGGGUUAUCCUUUCCCGGGUAUCCACGUGGAUUUGAAGAAUGUUGUUGUUGCCUCGAGCAAUCUUGCAACCCGCAUCGCUCGCUGGUCUGACUUGAUAGACACACAGGGUCUCUUGCCCAGACUAGGGGAAUCGAGAACCAGAGGGCAUAGGUUCAAGGUGAAGGGGGAAAGAUUUAAGAGGAAUCUGAGGGGUAUCUUUUUCACACAAAGGAUGGUGGGUGUAUGGAAAGAGCUGCCAGAGGAGGUAGUUGAGGGAGGGACUAUUGCAAUGUUUAAGGAACAAUUAAACAGGUAGGACAGGUUUGGAGGGAUAUGGGCCAAACACAGGCAGGUGGGACUAGUGUAGAUGGGACAUUUUGGUCAGUGUAGGCAAGUUGGGAGGAAGGACCUGUUUCCAUGCAGCAUGACUCUGACUUGCGAGUGUUUAAAUGGAGAAGGUUUACCGGGGAUCUUUUCAUGGGAGUAAGGGAAGGGUAAGGAUUUAUAAGAACGUUUGAUUUGGGUUUUCUAGAACCGAUAUCUCUCGCUUUGUGUGUGGAGUUAUUCAGAGAAAGGAUCAUUAAGCCACCUUGUUGUCAUAAACACCACAGCCACACCACCUACUGUGUUCAGCUUUAGAUGAGAACAUGGAGCUAUAUAUAUGGACUAACUUGAGACUAGGUGAUUUACAGUAUCUCAGCAUUAACUCCUCAUGUAUCUCCACAAUGUACCCUAUCCUGAAUUCUGCAAACAAUUUAUGAAGGAAGUUCGGCUUAAAAAUAUAUGUUAGCUACAUGCAGGUAGAUAUACUGUUGACAAAUAGCUUUGCCAGUCUGUUUACUCGUUGGUACGGAGUGAGUUAAUCUUGUUUACAUGUGUACACGUAGGUUUUGUGUGAUAUUGUCGAUCGGGCCCUGUUGCAUAUGUCGUAGGUUAUUUUUAAUGUAGAAUUGAGUGUGAUUUUCUGUGUGUUCAUCUGGAAACAUAAUAAAGAUGCAUAAAAA